AUCUCUCGUGAUGAACUACUCUGUCGACUACCAGAAUCAUGGGUAACCAGCUAUGAGAAGCGCCAUCAAGCAACUCAAACCCUGGUUCAAACAUCAGAAGUCAGCUUCCAUUCUCGAAAUGAUGGAACAACAGAGAUCAAGUUCGAAAAACCAAGAUCAUCAUCGUUUCGGAAGCAACUCCCAUUCAAAGCUGGAGCUCUACAACCUCUUUCUUUUGGUCAAGACGGAUCAGUAGUCUACCCUUUCAAGGAUGAAAACGGGCAUCAAUACUUUGAUGUAUGUUCUUGCACAGCUUGCACGGAAGAAAUCCGCCGGAGACGAAGAAAAAAGAAAGAUCCUCUUUACAAGAGAUAUCUCGAGGGCGAUCCCACAGUUGGGCCGCUGGGCGAUGACAAAUAUGACUUUAUUAUCCAAUACUCAGAGAAAAGGGAAGAACCUCAAAUCUUGAUGAUGCAAGCAAACAAUUUCCCUCUACCUGAAGAUUUCAGCAAAGACGGUAUCACUCAUAGUCCCAAAAUCCUCAUGAGAGCUGUCCUCAAUUGGCAAACUGAAAAUUCCCUUGCACAAAAUCAACUUCUGAUAACCAUAAAUCAAAAGGUUGAUCAACCCACUGAUGGCUACAACAAAAGACUGAUCAGCCUACAAAACUCAAUAAUGGAGAUCUAUGGCCGAUUCAACAAUCUUCACCAAGAGAUGACAGCUAUGGCACAACACAUGAUGGUUAAUACGUCCAACUUCAGAAGCAAAGAAGCUGAGACAGCCAGCCUAAAAAACCAGCUAAAAGAUCUCCAAAGAUACCUAGAAAGCAUGAUUCAUAACCAAAGUCAAGCAGAUACAUUCUUUAAUCCUCUUGGAAAACCUCGGCCAAAGCCAUCUCUCCCAGGUUUCCUAUCAUCCGACGAGGCUUUCACAUCUCGAUAUGGCACACCAUCGGCUAGCAACUUCAAAACAAAGCCAACUCGAGCGAAACCAAGAAGACAAAAGGAAUCAGAAUUCCUUGUCAAUUCGACUACGAGACCAACUCUAAUCUCUUCCUUAAGCCACAAAUCUAUUGAAGAUUCAAAGAAAAAAGAGAAGGACAUUGGGAUAAUCGAAUUUUCGAUGUCAAACCUACUCGAUACUAUCGGUCAAACUUCUAGAGAAACAGCGCCUAGACGACAAAAUCAAGCACCUCAAGUCAGCUCAACGCAUCCAAUCGAGAUGAUUAGUCAUUUCUCUGAUACGAGUUCCAAUAGCUACGACGAUAGUUCAGACAAAGAGUCCUUCCCAAAGCAAUUUGCCAUCGGAGAAGGAUCAACUGCCCCAAAAAGAGAACCAAACAUAAAUGAAGUCUUUUCGAGUGAUGAAGAGAUGAGUUACACACGCCCCAGAAAUCAAGAAAUACCACCAAAGCAAUUCACUUAA